AUGUUUUCCUUUUUCCUUGCCUCUUUCCUUUUCAUUUCUGGCGCUACAGCAAAAAAACAUCCAUUUCAAUUUGAGGAUGAUGAUUACAUCCAAUAUCGCACCUUACCAGAUCAUCGCAUAGUAAAAUGGAACAUCACCCACUACGAUCGUUCUGCCAUAGCUCCCGGUUAUUUGUUCACGGCGCCUUACUGGACACAUGACGGCGAUGCAGAAACAGACCAGUGGGUCCCGUACCAAAUGGGACCUCACAUCUUUGAUCAGGAUGGUGUCCUAGUGUGGGCUGGCUCGGCAGAGAGCGACAACAGACCUUCUUUUGAUUUUCGAGUGAUUGAUCUAGCGACUCCAGGUAGUCCUGGUUCCGAGCCACAGCAAGCUCUAGCUUGGAUGCUGUUUCACGAGCACUUUGCCCCGGAAACCAAUGGCUCCGUUAUAAUAUUUGACAGCAACUACAACCACGAGCGCACUAUCUCUAUCCCGUCUGGGGAAAUUGACACCCAUGAUUUUAACGUGAUUGAUAACGGGUCGAAAGCCCUUAUGAUCCGAGUAAGUCGUGAUGUACAACCUCUGAUUGAUUUUGGCCAGCCAGAAAAGGGCGCGCGAAUCGAUGUCAAUGGCUUCAUCGAGAUCGACCUCCUGGCCGGAGGGAACACAACAGCCGAGGCACGAACAGUGGACUGGCAAAGUCCGGGCAGAGUAGGCUUGGAUGAAAGCUUCGUCACGAAUCUAACAUAUCUCCACCCGGACUUCAUGCACGCCAAUGCUAUCGAUAAAAACCAAUACGGUGACUAUUUGCUCUCGGCACGACAUACAAGCACGAUCUAUCUUAUCUCUGGCCAAGAUGGUCAUAUCAUAUGGCGUCUUGGCGGCAAGAAGAAUAAUUUUGCCAAGGACUUUGACUUUUUCGGUCAACAUGACGCAAGGUUCAUCGCUGUGAAUGAAACACAUUACGUUAUUUCGUUCCUACAGAACGGGGCUAUUGACGCCAACGUGCAAGAACCAGUUUCGUCCGCCCUGUAUGUUGAAUUGGACAUUGUGGCUAUGAAAGCGACCAUCCUUCGUCGGUACAUGCGCCCAGACGGAGGAAGCACAGAACGCCGUGGGAAUAUGCAGACGCUUCCCAACACCAAUGUCUUCGUCGGUUGGUCUUGGGAUAGCUAUAUUUCCGAGUUCUCGGCCGAUGGCCGGUUACUUAUGGAGGCAAAAUUCAGUUCUGACAGACAUGAUACCUAUCGAUCAUACAAAUUCCCUUGGGUUGGCCGUCCUUCAUAUCCACCGACGCUGUUGUCAGAAUCCUAUGGUGUCAAUGGGUCCGAACUCUCCACUGUCUUCCACGUCAGCUGGAACGGAGCCACUGAUAUCGAAUAUUGGCGAUUCUUUGCUCAAGCAAAUUCGACCAGCAACCGGACAGAAAUCGGCAUUGUUCAAAAGGAAGGAUUCGAGACUUCAUUCAUUGCUCGAGGUUUCAUGGACUGGGUUUCUGUCGAAGCACUGGAUUCCAGCAUGGAGGUACUAGGUGCAUCUUCUAGCUUGCGUACCCCUCGUCCAAAGUACUGGACUGGCGAAACUCUGCCCAAGCCUGAUGAUCCCGAAACCUUCUUGGUGGCCUACUCGAUCAAGGCUGCAGCUCCUAGAGAUACUGAACGACUCGUUGGGAUUUUCAUUGCCGGACUCUUUUCAAGUGCAGUAGUUUGGACCUUUUUUUGGUACAGACACACGCUUAAACGGUAUGGCCUCCGCUGCUAUUCCAAUGCGGUUUUGGCGUCGGCAGGUUAUUUGCCGGUUUCGACAACGGGAUUGAACAGCCCAAAUCUAGAGGGAGAGAUGCCUUUUCUGGUGGAAAAAGUUGAAUGA